CGCAGUACUUCCUGUUAACGAAUUAUGGGGAAACUUCUCGGCAUCUUUCUAAUCGCUUUCGCUCUGUGCCAAGUCAGCCACAGCGAGCGUGACUGGUGGGAAAACGGCAACUUCUACCAGAUUUAUCCACGCUCCUUCAAGGACAGCAAUGGCGACGGCAUAGGCGAUUUGAACGGUAUACUCGAAAAAUUGGACUACGUGAAGGACAUUGGCAUGGAUGGUGUUUGGCUCUCGCCCAUAUUUCAGUCGCCAAUGGCUGAUUUCGGCUAUGAUAUUUCGGAUUACACAAAGGUACAGCCGGAGUACGGCACGACGGAGGAUUUGGAGUCGUUAAUCGAAAAAGCGCAUAGCCUCGGCUUGCACCUGAUUUUGGACUUUGUGCCCAAUCACACCAGCGACGAACAUGAGUGGUUCCAACGUUCCGUCGCCAAUGAUUCCUACUAUCGUGAUUUCUACAUUUGGCAUGAUGGUGUGCUCAACGCUACCACUGGUGAACGUCAGCCACCAAGCAACUGGAUUUCGCAAUUCCGUUAUUCCGCCUGGGAGUGGAAUGAGCAACGUCAACAAUAUUACCUGCAUCAAUUUGGCAUAAAACAGCCAGAUUUGAACUAUCGCAAUCCAAAUGUUGUCGAGGAUAUGAAGAAUGUGCUCAGAUUUUGGUUGGCGCGUGGUAUUGAUGGCUUCCGUAUCGACGCUGUACCCUUCUUAUUCGAGGCUGAUGUUGAUCCCACAACUGGCACCUACCCUGAUGAGCCCGUUAUAGCGGAUACUAGCUCUUGUCCCGACCCAGAUGAUUGGUGUCACUUGAAUCACAUUUACACAAAUUCGCUGCCUGAGAUAUUCGAUAUAGUCUAUCAGUGGCGUGACGUUGUGGACCAGUGGAAACUUGAUUAUGAUACGGACACUAAGGUGCUGCUCACUGAGGCUUAUACAAGUUUUGAGAAUCUUAUGCGCAUGUAUGGUGAUGGCGUACAUAACGGUUCAAAUAUACCCUUCAACUUCGAGAUGAUGGCCGAUCUGAACAACCAGAGCACGGCUUCCGACUAUGAUUACUAUGUACGCCAUUGGUUGGAUAACAUGCCUGAGGGUGUCUACGCUAACUGGGUGCUUGGCAACCAUGACAAUCCCAGAUUGGCUUCGCGAUUCGGUGCUCAACGUGCCGAUCUCAUGAAUAUCUUCUUACAAACGCUACCAGGGAUUGCGGUCACUUACAACGGUGAGGAGUAUGGCUUGGAAGACGGUUACGUGUCCUGGGAGGAUAGCGUUGAUCCGCAGGCUUGCAAUGCUGACCCCGACACUUACCAGAAAUAUUCACGCGAUCCUGAGCGCACGCCCUUCCUCUGGGACAACACCAAAAAUGCUGGUUUCAGUUCUGCGAAUCGCACCUGGUUACCUGUGGGCCAGUCGUACGAGUCAAACAACGUGCAGGCGCAAGAAGCAGCAGAAAACAGUCACCUAAAAAUUUUCAAAAAACUGACCGAAUUAAGGAAAUCCGAACCCGCUUUCAGCGAUGGUGAUUACGAAUCGGUGGUCGGCGACAAUUGGCUGAGCUACAGGAGGCAAGCUGCUACCGGCGAUGCAUAUUACAUAAUUCUAAAUAUUGGCAACCAAAAUGUGACUUUGAACUUCGAUGAGUUGUAUGGCGAUGUGAGCGGCAAGUUGGAGGUUGUUGCCAGUUCACUGCAAUCUGGCUUGGAAAAUGGUCAACAAGUGGACUCCGACUCGUUGGAGGUGAAAGCAUAUAACGGCUAUGUACUGCGUUUGGUGAAUGAGGCAUAGCAGGCUUCGACAGACGCAAGCUACGGAUUUGCUAGAUUGCAACCAUGAACUAUAAAAAUAUAUAAAAAUAUUAGAAGUAUUGCAUUGCAAAA